AUGGCUCUUGUACUGAGUGAGUCUGCGGCGAUCAUCACUACACUCGGCAGAACCUUGCCGAUGGGUGAGGCAUUGGUGGAUAUUUUCGAUGCGGCAUUGCUGCUGGAGCGUAUGACUGAGCUUGUGAAGAAUGGCGGGGGGUUGGACGGGAUCAGAGCUAUGGGGAGGCUGAAGAUGGCGAAAAAACCCUUUGAGAAGUUGACUGUCAAGAGCCUAGUUGGCUACUUGAUUUGGCUGUCGGUCAAUUUCAUUCCCGUAAUUGGAACUGUGGCCUUCAUUUUGGUGCAGGGUUUGUUGCUGGCGUUUCUGGGGGGGAAGCCGAGGUGUCCUAAUGGUGUUUGGGGACAGGGAGGAAGCUAGGGCCUACUUACCACAGAGUUCGGGUUAUCGUCGCCAACGGGGAGAAGAAGAAUUUGCGGGGAAUUGAGGGGGGGUGA